AAUGGGUUGUGAAAAGGAUUCCACUCAUUGUUUGUUGACAGAUCAUCAGCCUCACUAUUUUUUUCUUUUUUGGAAGGUGUGGUUCUACUUGUUUUCAGUCUCCAAUCUCAACUGUGCUUUACUUUUUUCUUUUUUCUUUUCAGUUUCUGUCAACCAUAUCAUAGCUUCUUACAUCUGCUUUGGUUUUCUGAACCCGUGACCAAUUUAGAAGGGCCUUUCUUUUCUUGAAUCCAUCCAUGGCUAGUGAAACUGUUGUAUCAGAUCAAUCUACAACCCCCGAGGAAGUAGAGAAACAGGUGCAUGAAGAGGUAAAAACCAUUGAACAAGAGGUUGUUUCUCCACCUAAGCAAUGUGGAGAGGAAGAAAAGCCGAAAGCUGAGGACUUGCCAAGUCCAGCAGUGCCUUUGGUGGCUGAAUCAGAAGCAAAGAGUGAGGUUAAGCAAGUUGAACCUCCGGUAAGUGAAGAUGUGAAGAAGACUGAUGAGGAAGAAAAGCCAAAAGCUGGGGACUCACCAAGUCCAGCGAUCCCUUUGGUUACACCGGAGGAUAAGAUUGAGGAUAAGCAAAUUGAGCCUUCUCUUAUUGAAGAGGUAAAGAAGACUGAUGCUAUUCCUAUUGUGGAGGUGCCUGUUAAAGAUAUUUCGAAAUUGGCUGUAGAAUCUAUUCAUGAACAAAGCACGCUGGCUGUUUCAGAACCAAUAGCUGAUGAUAGUAAAAGCAAACCAAAGGAGGAAUCAGUGUUUAAGAGCGUUGAAAAAGUGGAAGAUGACGAAUCCACAAUAAAAGCCGGUGAAGAAAAGCCAACAGAGCUGCCAAAAACAGUUCAUGUUUCUGAAUCAUCUGUUGGGGCUGUCGAGAAAAAAGAGGAAGUGGAGGUUUUACCUGUCAAAGAACCAGAAGCAGUUGCAGUAAAAACUCUGGAAAGUUCAGAAGUAGCGACUGAAAAGGAAGAAAUCCCAGAACCAGUUCUUGAAGCAAAGGAGAAACCCAAAGAACCAUCUGAAGUUUGUGAAGUUCAGGAAUCUUCAGUAGUGGAGCCUAAGGAAAGUGUGGAGAUUGAUAUAGCAAAACAUGAAGAGACUCCAGCAGAUAAAGUUGAAGAUAGCAAGUUGUUGGAGGAAAAAAUCACUGAAGAAAAACCUCUUGUGACCAAAAUUUUAGAUCAAGCUUCUUCAAUGAAUCAGGAGGCCCAAGUUAAUCCAGAGGAAGGAGAGAAAGUGGAAAGCCCUCCUAUGGGCGCUGCUGAGAAGGGCAAUGUGGAGGAGAAAGUGAAGGAAUUGGGUGAAGAAGCUGCUGUCGUUGAAGCAUUGUCGAAAGAGGAAGUUGUGGAGGUGGAAAAGUUUGAAUCAGAGAGUGAAGCCAAGAAUGUGAAAACUGAAGAGAAUGGAGAGAAAAGUGUUCCAACCAGGGAAUUGACUCAACCUGAAACAAAAGAAGUUGAAGCUGUGACUCCCUCCAUUUCUGCCACUGAAGUAACUGAAAAAAUUUUGGAGGGAGAAAAUACUUCCAGAGACAUUGAACUGGUGGCUGAAAAUGGGAAAGAAACCAUAAAAGAGGAAACUAUUGCUUCAGUCGAAACCAGCAAAGAUCCAGAGGACGAGGAAAAGGUAGAUGAAGUCACAAAGACAGCUACUGAAGAACCAAUAGAAGAGCCUCAGAAGCCUGAGGUAGAAACCAAAGGAGAGGAAUCUUUGCAAACUGGUGAAACUAAGUUGGAGAAGGAAAAAGGGUCCGAUGCUACAACACCACGUGAUGUUUCAAUUCUUGAGUCCGCCAAGGAUGGUGAUGAUACAAAAACAUCACCAGAUCCUCCUAAAGAAGAAGUUUCAGCAAAGUCCACUCAAAAACAUUCAAAUAGCAUUAUCUCAAAGGUGAAACAAACACUUGUGAAGGCAAAGAAAGCAAUCAUUGGAAAGUCCCCAAACUCAAAAACGCCCCCUUCUGAAACCAAGGGUGAUGCUGAAGCUAAAUGAUGUGAAAAGAGAAGAAAGAGCAACAUUCCAAGGAUUUGAAGGGCUUGGUAAAUUUACGUCUUGUGUGAUAUUUUGUUUGGUCCAGCUAUGAUAGUGUUUCCUGCUGCUGUUGGCUUGAUUGUGUGGUUGGCUAGUGUGUAUAGAAGGUAUACAGAGUGAUGCUAAAUAUUGUUCAAACUAGGAAGAUUAUUUUUUGACCCUAUUCAUUUCUGUUGUGCUUGCUGUUUGUGUUUUGGUGAUGGAUGAUCAGUAGGCGAGAACAUAUCAAUUGAUUGAUUAUGUGUAGAUUUCUAUUACAGUUGUGAAUAUUGUAACAAUCGUAGCUGUCUUUACUGUGUUGUUGUUCUAUAUUGUAUAUCCCACUUGAUUAUCUAAUCUUCCCUAAUGAAAUUGCUCAG